AGGGACAGGGCAGGAGGGAUCCAUGCCACCUGUAAGCUUGCUGCACCCAAGCCCCCACUGCAGAUCCACUACCAAGAGGGCAGAUGCCCCACCACCCUGGACGCUUGGCAAUGAGGACCAGACCCCUGACCAUCGCUCCUCGCCAGCAGGUGCCGAGGGGCCCUCCUCACCACAGAGGCCACUUCUGGAGCUGGGCCACCCCUGCGAGGUGGCCGCAGCAGCCAGGAUGUCCACUCAGACCGGCCACUACCUGAAGCCCAGACCCCUGCGCCUGCCACCCGCCGUCCCAGAGUCCCCAAGCCGCCAGCGGCGCCACACACUCCCCGCCAGCGAGUUUCGCUGCCUCACCCCGGAGGAUGCUGCUGGCGUGUUUGAGCUCGAGCGAGAAGCCUUCAUCUCUGUCUCGGGCAACUGCCCCCUGAACUUGGACGAGGUCCGGCACUUCCUGACCCUGUGUCCCGAGCUGUCCAUGGGCUGGUUCUUGGAGGGGCGCCUCGUGGCCUUCAUCAUCGGCUCCCUAUGGGACAAGGAGAGAAUCACUCAGGAGGCGCUGACGCUGCACAGGCCCGGGGGCCGCACAGCCCACCUGCACCUGCUGGCCGUGCACCGCGCCUUCCGGCAGCAGGGCAAGGGCUCGACCCUGCUCUGGCGCUACCUGCACCACCUGGGCAGCCAGCCGGCCGUGCGCCGGGCCGUGCUCAUGUGUGAGGCCAGGCUGGUGCCCUUCUACCAGAGGUUCGGCUUCCGGCCCGUGGGCCCCUGUGCCGUCUCCGUGGGCUCACUGGUCUUCACGGAGAUGCAGUGCUCCCUGCGGGACCUCGUCUCCCAGCGCAGGAACAGUGACUGCUGAACUGGCCGCCACGUGGGGGGCCCACGGCCGGUUGCCUGAGGUGUGGGGAGGCAGGCUGGGGGGUCCUACCCUGUCCCGGUGUCCCCUUCUCUGCCCUGACCUUCCCCCAACUCGCCCCGGCCCGAAGGGAGACGGGGACGCCCAGGGGGUCGUGGAGAGGCUGGGGACUGAAAUAAAGAGAUGGGGGUGCCGCUGCUCCUGCCAGGCUGGCCUGCUGGGGCCCGA